AUGUCAGACUCAGUCGAUCGAGUCUUUGUCCAUGCGCUUAAUACCGUGAAGAAAAUUCCCCGAACGGGGUCAGCUAGACCACCGCCGGCUGAUCGAUUGAAGCUCUAUGGAUUAUACAAGCAAAGCAUGGAGGGUGACGUGGAAGGUGUAAUGGAUCGACCGGUCGGUGACGCUGAUGUCCAGGCGGAGAAAGAGAAAUGGGACUCGUGGUAUGCGCAGCGCAACUUGUCGCGAACUGAAGCGAAACGACGAUAUAUAACGACACUUAUAGAGACUAUGCAUCGAUAUGCCUCCCCUACUCCCGAGGCGCAGGAGCUUAUAUCCGAACUAGAAUUUGUUUGGGACCAGAUAAAAUCUAAUACUUCGUCCUCUUUUUCAAAUCCUGACCAAGGCUUAAGCAUGUCUGGCCCCGCUCGUUUACAGUCACACACUAGCUACGAUAAUAUAGGGAGCAGAAUGGCACGGCAGGACUUUGAUGAAGCAGGGAGGGACUCCCGGCUCCGAGUACUGAGCCCCGUAAGCCAACCGGACGGGGGCUCGAGACGGCAUCGUUACGGCAGCCAGUCUGAAAAAGAACAUGAUCAAAUCCCGGGAAAUAAAGGGGACGAUGAUGAUACGGAAGAUGAUGAAGGGGAAGAAGAAGACCAGGAUGAGGAAGAGGAGGAAGAAGAAUUCCAAGAAGCUAGAAACAGCUUUUAUGAGAACCAAGAAUCUGGUGAAGAUCCACGACUACAACCUCCUGCAGGGGCUGGACAGAGACAUUACCAACGAUGGCAAAAACGCGUUGAGCAGGCCUUAACGAAGAUGACCGUCGAAGUAGCUGCGGUAAGAGAGCAGCUAGAGGCUCGUAAGGCAUUUGAGCAGAGGAAAUCCAGCAUAUGGGCUUGGAUAAAGUGGUUUGCUUGGGUUGCUAUACGGCAGCUCAUCUGGGACCUUGCUCUGUUGGCCAUCCUUCUUCUUUAUCUUCGUAUUCGGGACGAGAGACGACUUGGAAGAACACUCAAAUCCGUAUGGCUCGAUGUCAGACAGAGGUUAUCCAAGAGGUGGAUCGCUCCAUUUACCAAUGGAAGUAUUGAACAAAAUAACAUUUUGUAA